AUGCAUUGGAUCUAUCGCACUGCCAGAAGCGUCAUCAUCUGGCUAAGUCCUGAAACCGCCUGGAGCAUCAUGGCUAUGGAAACAGUCCGGUGGGCAGCAAGCCAAUUACUUCUCGUGGAUAUGAAUUCCGAAACGAUAUCCUUCGAAUUCAAACCUAGCGCAGAUGAGCGUUUCAUCAAAGAUAAACAUAUUCCUCUCACUCUCUUCCAGUGGGAAGCUGUGGGACAAUUGUUGGACUUGGAUUGGAAUAAGCGAGGCUCGCAAAGCAAGAAUCCUGUAUUGUUUGUUAAGCUAGGAGGCGAAGAGAUUCCGUGGGUCAAACUUAGGGACGCUGUUGUCCUAAUAUCAGGGUACAAGGCGCCGCCUUCAAACGCCAUUCUACAUCCAGCUUCUUGGAAUACUAACAUGGAAAACUUUGGUUGGAAGGCUCUGUCACCGGAUGCAGACCGCGCCAGCGAUUAUAAUGACUGGGUAGCAUCGAUAUCGGAAGCAGCGUCGUUUCAAUGCUCCGAUAGUCGUGAUCGAGUAUAUGCUGUUCGGGGAUUAAUCGCCCCCACAACCAGCAAGCACUCUACCAAAGAGAUAUUCGAAUUAGUCUGCCUAAAUCAUAUCGUCCAGAAGGGAAAUCUUGACUUCCUAAAUAUGUACAACGGAGCUUCGAGCCCAAGCUGUGUAGCAGACUUGGAAAUGCCAUUGAAUAGGCUCUACAUUGAUAGCAACGCUGUGGGUGGAUCCUUAUGCUUAGCGCAUCUAGUAGAACUUGGUGUAUUGGAGGUAGCUGGUAUACUAUGUGACGAGCUAGACCACGGUCUUAUACUCAUAGAGUGCGAUGGAGGCUGGAAGGAUGCCGUCCUGAUAAACGCAGGUUUACAUGAAGACGACGAAUGCCUUGACAAACUGAUUAUGAUGCUCACCUAUGGAGAUGUCAGGGAUUAUAGUACCCUCAGAUUUGAGCGCCCUAAGAGUCGUGGAAGACACUUUCUCCAAGACUGGAGAUAG